GGCAGCAGUACUGUAGGCUGAAGUGUGAGGAGGAGAGAGACUGAGGUGCAGCGGCCAAACAGAGGAUUUGAGCAAAUCUACAUCAUUCUAUGAAUUUUUAGACCAAAGGAGGCAGAAGUGAGAACCAGACGUUGGGGGGAUGUUGAGUCGCUAGUUCCCAGCACACAGGGUCGCCCCCCACCGGGCAGGAAAGAACAGUGGAAUGAGCGGCCGGUGCCAGGGGAGCGGACCCAAGUGAAACGCUUUGGAAUAAACUGGCAGUCGGCCAGGCCUUGCCCCGGAUCAGGCGCUUCGGUUCCGAACUCCCCGGCAGCCGCGCAGCAAAGUUUCCUCCGUCUCCGCCCGCCGAGCAAAGCGACUCUGAGUCUGAGCUCCCAAACUGCCGCCUGAAACUGCCGGGGAACUUGAAACAGCUGCACAGCCGGGACAGCGUCACCCCCCCCAACCAGUACUUCCGGCAAUAAUUAAUCGAGUCAAAGAAAAUGUUCUCAGCAAAACCAGAAAACUGGGUGACGUUCGAUGAUGAAAAUCUGUUCCAACCGACCCCAAAGUCUUCGCAUUUCCCCCAGGGGAAUCAUUACAUGCCUAAAGCCAGUGGGCUUAAACUGAAUCUGUACAAUAAGUCCUACGAAAGUGCUUCAGCUUCUAACCCCACCACUCCCAAUACAUCGCCAGUAAUUGAUUUCUUUAUGAGUCCAAGUCCUCCAGGGAACACACCUCUUUGUACACCUAAUAGAGAUAAUUCAGGCACCCCCUCCACACCAACAUCAGGGUCUUUUAUACUGUACCCUAAUGCUGACGUUUCAAGGAUUUCCUCUUAUUCGUACAUGGACUCACCAAUAGUAUCAACCAACAUUCCACUGUUGACAAAUUCUGCUUUACCAAUAUUACCCAGCCCAAUCAAGGCAAGUACUCCCAAAUACCCAUGUAAUAAUUAUUUAGCAAGUCAGUCUGGACCUGCUCAUACCGAAUGCCCUCAAAUCAGAUGUGCCUUUUCAAGCCAAUUUUGGAAUAACGAGGCCCCCAUUGGGGUUUCUACAUCUGACAAUGAGAUAAAUAGAAAGGAAACGUGCAACAAUCAUCAGAAAAGUCUAAAUCAGCUUUCUUUUAGUUACGUCUGUGAAAAACUUCAACACUUAAAGACGGAAGAUCCACCUGAUGAUCCGAAACAUCCAACUGCUUGUUUAAAGACUGAUAGCCCCUCAUUUAUUCCGAACAGUCUUUUCAGAAAUGAAAGAAAAGAUGGGUGGCAAUUCAUGUUAAGAAUUCCUGAAAAAAAGAACAUGAUGUCUUCUAGGCAGUGGGGACCCAUAUAUUUAACGGUUCUACCUGGGGGGAUUUUGCAAAUGUAUUAUGAGAAGGGCCUUGACAAACCAUUCAAAGAAUUCCAGCUUGGGCAGUUUUGCAGGCUGUCGGAGCCAAAGGUGGAGAACUUCAGUGUUUCAGACAAAAUCCACACUGUUAAAAUAGAGCAUGUUACUUACACUGAGAAAAGGAAAUAUCACCCAAAACUUGAAGUCUUUCAUGAAGCAGAAGUUGAGCAGAUGCUAAAACUGGGAACAACCGAUUACCUGGACCUGAAAGAUUUCAUUACAGCAGUAGAAGAGGAGCUAAUGAACCUCCCACCGACGACAAAGCAGAAGAAGACUUACGAAGAACCAGAAAUGAUUGUUGAACUGGUGGACAAUUUUUGGGGCAGGAUCAACAAAGAAGGAAAAACUACAGAAACCUCUGUUAUUUGCCGCUUGCACUGCCUUUGCUUCAUUAACAACAGUACAGAGUGCUUCUUAACACUGAAUGAUGCUGAACUUCAGAAUGUCUGUAGGGAUUAUUUUGAUAAGGACAGUGAUAAAAGGCUAAUAGCCAUAACGAACUAUCAUUUCCACAAGUGUGUUAAAGCACAUGAAUUCCAGACAUCGAGGGUCCUUAAAUUUAUCCCAGUUGACGCCUGCCGUUUUGAGCUCAUGCGCUUUAAGACUUCUUUCAGUGGGGAAGAACUUCCAUUUUCAGUGAAGACCUCAGCGGUAGUACAGGGAGCCUAUGUGGAGCUCCAGGCUUUCCUGAACAUGUCUCCAAGUUUUACCGACAGUUCAGUCAAAUAUUGUGAGAACAUUGCAAUACACUUUCCAGUUCCUGCAACAUGGAUGAAAGCACUUUGGACGGUUAGUCUACAGAGGCAGCGGUCCUUAAAAACCAAGAUGAACAGAAGGACUUGCCUUGGAUCAACCUACGAAAUAGAAUCCGAGCCAGUAAUACAAGUAACUGUUGGAACAGCAAAGUAUGAAAAAUCCUUCAAGGCUGUUGUGUGGAAGAUUGACCGACUUCCAGAUAAAAACAGUCACGAUCAGCCGCACAGUCUGUCUUGUAAACUGGAGCUGGGGUCAGACCAGGAGAUCCCUCACGACUGGAAACCAUACGCAGAGGUGCGUUUUGUCAUGCCUGCUGCGACCGCCUCCGGGGCCGAGGUGAAAUCCGUGGGAAUAGAGAGCGACGUGCAGCCGCACAAACACAUCAUGCGGAAAGCUUGCUACAACUUGCAGGUGGAGAUCGAAAGAAAACGGAUAAAAACGGAAGGAGAAGAUCCGAGCAGGCCUGGAGAUUGCAUAACGCAAUAAAGCAGGGACAAUUAUGCAAAUGAAUCCCUUCAACCAACUCACAGGGAAUGGAAGUGACUGACUACAAUGCAGGUACAAGAGGGGGGUUGUGGGUGCACUCCUAAGGCCAUAUAAAAAAUAUUUAAAUACA